AGAGCUCCGCUACUUUUGACGGGCUGCUCUCACUUUGAACCGGUGUCAACAAACAACAACAAGAUAUUUCUCCCGGGUUACACCGCCUUAGCACCCGCGUUUCUCAGAAAACCUCAAUACCGGCGAUUAAAACCAACAGAAUGAGAAACAUACUCUUUUAACGACCCCCAAAUCACGCUCUGCCUUUUUUCCUCGUCAAAUUUGCCUCAUCAGAGGCUCGUGGUUGUCCCGGGACGGUGCUUGGCUUUAGCACGAGCACGGCUAACUUUUCUCCGAAGCUACACAGGAUAAAUUUCGGGGAAAAUUCUCACAGUCGACGGGGAAACCUUUGUAACAACGUCCACCUGCCGCUUGGUCGGUGCUAGAGCAGCUGGAGGAGGAGGUUCCUGCAGUCGUUGGGGUGUCGGUGGUAUGACUGCGUUGGCGGGGUCAAUACCCAGGAUGAUGCGACCCUCGCUGACCCAGAACUAUCCCCGCAGCGGCUUCCCUCUGGAAGUGUCUACACCGCUGGGUCAAGGCCGAGUCAACCAGCUCGGAGGAGUUUUCAUAAAUGGCAGACCUUUGCCCAACCACAUCCGCCAUAAGAUCGUAGAGAUGGCCCACCAUGGAAUCAGGCCGUGUGUCAUCUCCCGACAGCUCCGUGUCUCCCACGGCUGCGUGUCCAAAAUCCUGUGCCGGUACCAGGAGACCGGCUCCAUCAGACCCGGGGCCAUCGGAGGCAGCAAACCCAAGCAGGGGACAUCGCCGGACGUAGAGAGGAGAAUAGAAGAAUACAAGCGGGAAAACCCGGGUAUGUUUAGCUGGGAGAUUCGGGAUAAAUUACUGAAGGAUGGGAUUUGUGACCGCAACAACGUUCCGUCAGUGAGCGCCAUCAGUCGCAUAAUGCGGAGUAAGUUUGGGGGGAAAGGCGACGAAGAAGAGGAUGAAGAUGAAAUUGAGAAGAAGGAGUUGGAGGACAACGAGCGGAGGGCCAAACACAGCAUUGAAGGCAUCUUAGGAGACAGAUCCAGUCACUCAGAUGAGGGUUCAGAUGUAGAGUCAGAGCCUGAUCUGCCGCUGAAAAGGAAGCAGCGGCGCAGUCGGACCACCUUCACUGCAGAGCAACUGGAAGAGCUGGAGCGGGCCUUUGAAAGAACACACUAUCCUGACAUCUACACCAGAGAGGAGCUCGCUCAGAGGGCCAAGCUCACGGAGGCUAGGGUGCAGGUGUGGUUCAGCAACAGGCGAGCAAGAUGGAGGAAGCAAGCUGGAGCCAAUCAACUGAUGGCAUUUAAUCACCUCAUUCCAGGGGGUUUCCCACCAUCAGCCAUGUCCAGCAUCCAGCCCUACCAGCUCUCUGACAGCAGCUACCCCCCCUCAUCCAUAGCCCAAGUAGUGUCAGAGCCACCCAGCACGGUGCACCGCCCCCAGCCUCUGCCUCCCUCCUCGGGCCACCAGGCCUCCGGUGGCGGCGGACAAGGAGAAGGAGGCUCUGCUUACUGCCUCGCCUCCGGACGCCACUCCUUCUCAGGCUACUCAGACAGCUUUGUGAGCCCUGGAGCACCAACCAAUCCCAUGAACGCUUCCAUAGGGAAUGGGCUCUCUCCACAGGUGAUGGGUCUUCUGAACCCAGGCGGUGUGCCGCAUCAGCCCCAAAGUGACUACGCCAUCUCUCCACUGACAGGCGGCCUCGAGCCGCCGGCCGGCAUGGCUGCCAGCUGCAGCCAGCGGAUGGAUCACAUCAAGGGCUUGGAGGGUCUCACCAGCGUUCCCUCCAUGUCAGCUCUGCCCUCACUGCCAAGCUCCCAGUCCUACUGCCCCCCAUCCUACAGCUCACCGGGCUACACCGUCGACCAUGUGGCAUCCUACCAGUACAGCCAGUACGGACAAAGUAAGGUACCCUUCCUUAUCUGAGGCCUGAAAUCACCUGAUGAGCAGCUUCAAGAUUCACUGAAGGCCCCACAAGAGUGUGUGUGUGUAUGUGUGUGCGUGUGCGUGUGUGUGUGUGUGUGUGUGUGCGUGUGUGUGUGUGAGGGAGAGAGAGAGAGUGUACGUAGUGACAGAAAUAUUUGAAUAUCUGGACCAAAUUUGUUUUACCAUUUACUGUCUACUACAGGAUGUUACUUAAUUCUCUUUGGAGGAAAAAUGGACAAAAAAACAAAAAGAAGGGACCACAAGAAAGAAUACGGGAGCAAAAACUCUUUAUGAACCACAAACAUUGCUAUUUUAGAUGAACGGCGGAGCCUCCAGUGCUCGCUGUCAUUGAGUUCGGACCAUUUGCUGUGUUACGAGGAUGAAGUUGUACGGCCAGCUCUGCCUGUAAGGACAGAGAAUCCCGACCUAUCAUCACAGACUACCAUGUUUACGUAUCUGCACCACAUGAGCGCCUAGAAGAUUCCCAAAUUAAUCCUUAAAUUGUAUGGGGGAAGAAAAUGGCUUUGUUGAUUUUGUUGCAUUUAUUUGACAUCUCAGCAUCCCACACAUGGAAAGAAAUUCCAGAGAGAAGGAAAACAAACUCGAACUAACGAAUCCGUGGGUUUUUAUUGUGUCAGAAAGUCUAAUGUACACCACAGCUGUACGGCAGAGAAAGUUAAUUCAAACAUUCCUCCCGCCUCCCUCCCCCUCUGCCUUCUCUCCCUCCUUUCUGUCUCAUUGAUGUCUCAGACGGUGAGGCCUUUUGUCGUUUUAAAGAGAAACUUUAAAGAGGUCAAAGGGUGACUUUAAGGAAAGUGACAGAUGAGAGCGCAGUAGAAGAGGGUGGCAGAGAAGUGGCUUUAAAAAAAAGGGCGUGCGGAAUGGGAGGGGGGACGACAAGCUAGAUCGAUCACAGUGUUAAAAAAAACCCUCUAAAGAUCUUCUCCUGGCAAGAAAAAUCCAGCGGGUCACAAGUCACGACCAGGAGACACUUGAGAAAGCAAGAAAGCAAAAGAGUUUAGACUAAAGACAGCCACUCUCCCAGCUGACCAGAAGUGCAAUAUCACAUAACUUAGAGUCAACCUCAGCAUUAAAACAAUAAGAAAAUCAAAUGUGCCUCUUGAAGUCAUUCUCUGGAUCGAGUUUGGGACUCUGCAAAGGAGCAACACAUGUGCCUUUGAAGGCUUUCGGGUCCAAAACAAAUAGGAAACACUGCUAAUAUAGCUAAAAGAGCACUCUGAGGGGACCACAUUUGUUAGGGCUUCAGGGCCUUGAAAGGACUGAGUGAAGGGAAAGCCAGUAUAUAGAGCAAACGAAGGAAUGACAAAGCCAAAAUUGUAUUUUUUUAUUACUUUGUGUUGUUUGAAACGUUUUUUUUUAAACUUCCGUCUUACAAAAGCAGGAAAUGCUGAUUAGUUUUCCGAUGCAUUCCAGACAUAUUUAUUGUCACGAGCGUCCUGUGUGUCAGCAACGUCAUUAAAAAAAAAGCAAAAGAACUAAAAUCCUUUAUCCGUGAAAUUGUGAAUAGCAGAGUGUCGUCACGAGCACUCCUGCUUUGUCCUUCUGUCUAUAUUAGAAUGAAGCAGUCCUUUCAUUCAUUUGAUAUAUUUUUUUUGUAUUAUUUGACAAAGCGAUAUGACAUAAUGUCAUGUGUACGAGCGCAUUAUCACUCCUAUUUAUAAUGAAAUAAAACUUCCAAAAAUA